ACAGAAAGUGAACUAAUAUCGAAAAACAAAUCACAGAAAUAUUUCAAAGCAACCAAAAAAGGAAAAAAAAAUGGUGGCAGCUUCUUUUUCCCUACUUCUGCUUAUAGUGUUAACUAGCUUUCAUGGCAAGGUUCUAUCAUCAUCAUUUGAUCACGAUUUUAGCUACAUGAAAUCGGUCCAAAACGCUACCGAAUUGCCAUUAGAAGAAGAAUACGACUACAUAGUGAUAGGAGGAGGCACGGCAGGGUGUCCUUUGGCUGCAACUUUGUCAGAAAAAUACUCAGUUCUCGUCCUCGAAAGAGGAGAUGUUCCUGAAUCUCAUCCCAAUGUGUUGAGCGUGGCAGGGUUUUUCGCUAAUCUCAUGCAAGAAGACGAUGGCAAUACUCCGGCGCAGAGGUUCACGUCAGAAGACGGCGUUGAGAACGUGAGAGGUAGGGUUUUGGGUGGCACGAGCAUGCUGAACGCCGGCUUCUUCUCCCGAGCCGACAGCGAUCUAUUUCUAUCCGAGUUGGGCUUGGAUUUGGAUAUGGAUUCGGUUGUGAAGGCGUAUGAGUGGGUGGAGGAGACAGUUGUGUCGCGUCCAGCAAGUUUGGCAGUUUGGCAAUCUGCGUUUAAAGAUGCUUUGGUCGAAGCUGGUGUUGGUCCUGACAAUGGUUUUACUCUAGAUCAUGUGGUUGGGACUAAGGCUUCUGGCUCUACGUUUGAUGAUAUGGGGAGAAGACAUGGUGCUGUGGAGCUUCUCAACAGAGGUGACCUUAACAACCUGAGAAUUGCUGUUCGUGCUACUGUGGAAAGAGUUAUUUUCUCUCGUGAUCAAACAUCCAAAAAUUCAAAUCCGUCUGCAAGCGGUGUGGUAUACACGGAUUCAAAAGGAAAGUCUCACACGGCACUAGUACGGCGCCCCUGUGGAGAAGUUAUUCUCAGCGCAGGCACACUAGGGACCCCACAACUUCUGCUACUCAGCGGAAUUGGUCCACAUGACUACCUCUCAUCGCUCAACAUUCCCAUAAUCCAUUCCCAACCCAAUGUAGGAAAAUUCAUGGCCGACAACCCACGCAACAACAUCAAUCUCAUGAUCCCAUUCCCUCUCGACCCCUCCCCACCACAAGUGGCCGGAAUCGCAGCCGAUUACUACAUAGAAACCGUCUCUUAUACCUUACCAUUCACUCCAACUCCAUCACCCUUUUCUCUUCUCACGCCUUCAUCUUCUUCCGCGGUGAGUGUUGCCACCAUUGCCGAUAAGCUCUCCAGACCCUUGUCCCACGGCACACUGCGCCUGGCUUCCCCGGUCGACGUGAAAACCAGUCCGCUCGUCCGGUUCAACUACUUCGAAAACCCGGCUGAUCUUGCUAUGUGUGUUGGCGCGGUGAGAAAGAUGGGCGAGAUGUUAGAGACUAAGUCUAUGGAUCAGUUUAAGUACAAGGACUUGAAGGGUUCGAGAGGUUUCUUGUUCGCGGGGCCUGCUUUGCCUGCAAACCAGUCUGAUGAUUCGGCCAUGGAAGCCUUCUGUAAAAGCUCGGUGACCACCUUUUGGCACUACCAUGGUGGAUGCCUCGUGGGGAAGGUGGUUGAUGGUGAUUUUAGAGUUAUGGGAACUAAUGCACUUCGUGUUUUGGAUGGUUCAACCUUUAGAAUGUCUCCAGGGACAAACCCUCAGGCCACUCUUAUGAUGCUUGGCCGGUAUAUUGGUCUUAAGAUGCUAAGCGAAAGAAGAGAACCAUAUUACAAUUUAGUAGAGAGCCAGACCGAGAUCUACUAAUUUAUUAUAUCCGUAUAGGGUUUUGGCAAUUUAGUUCCCUGUAUAAUUUUUUUAUUGGAAACAAGUGCUUAAUAAGUUUAAAAAUUAGCCAUUAAGUUCUUAUUGUCAAAUUUUAAAUAAAAUUUUAUGGACAUUUUAUUUUUGGUUA